AACAGUAGCGCCACACCGGGGCUGUGGAGUGGGAGACGAAGAGCGACUCGGUUCCCCUGGAAAAAAUUAAAGGAGCGAGAAAAUGGAAAAAGUGUCCAUUUAGUUGUCAGUUAUCUAUUUACGCAUCUCGAGGGGUUUAUGCCACCGUGGUCCUUUAAGAAAGCCUGAGGCUAAAGGCAUGGCGGCUAUCUGUCAGUCCAGACAGUUUUUUUUUUAGGGAUGGCUUCCUUAGCUAGCCUUCCCAGCUAACAGUAACUAGCCUGCCCUGCUUACUGGGUUCCAGUGUGGAAGAGAUAUCAGCAUCAGCCCUAAGCUCUCGUUUGGAUUUUCCCCAGGCCUGUUGUCCGAGGAGCAGGAGAAAGUGAGGCAAGUUGCCUGGAUGGACAGUUUGCCAGCGGUUAAUUGACACAGCUCGGGCGUAUCUUCCAGGGUAGGUUUUUCUGGGCGGCUAGGCUUGUACUCGGCCAGGCGACCAGCAGAGGGGAUCGUACAGAUGUGGCCCAGGCAGCCUGUUGUGUCCCACCGCUUCUGGGACUGAAGUUGAUUUUUUGCUUCUUUUUUUUUUUUUUUUUAGCUUUUUUUUUUUCAAAUUGGCCAAAUUGUUAAAGACAGUUUACACUGAGGCGAAUUUGAUAACUCGUUUCGCACGUCAGGAGCUAGCUAGUUUUCCAGGCUAGCCUGUUCAGUUAACGCACCCAAACUCAGCUCAAUUUGAAGAGUGCAUCAAUAUUCAAACGGUUAAUCGUACAUCUUGAGGCAUCUUAAUCCCAUAUACCAUUGCAGCUAUUUUUUUGUGAUUCAUUCAUUGUGAACUUCAUAUUUUUGCCCAGGCAAAGCUGUCAAAUAUUAAACAUUUGGGAGCUAUUUUAACAGCAGCCGAGGAGGCCAGAUUCUGCAGCAAGACUGUCACAUAGAAAGUGGAGCCUUGCACUCAGAUAGUUUUCGUGGUGGUGUAGCCCAGCGCUGCUUGUUUGACGUGCUCCCCCCCCCUGCUCAUGCGGUGAUGACUUUGGAGCCCAUGAUGGCUUGUUGCCUGAGUGAGGAGGCGAAGGAGUCCAAGCGAAUCAACGCUGAGAUCGAAAAGCAACUCCGGCGGGAUAAGAGAGACUCGCGCAGGGAGCUGAAGUUGCUGCUCUUAGGGACAGGAGAAAGUGGCAAGAGCACUUUCAUCAAACAGAUGAGGAUAAUCCAUGGGACAGGCUACACAGAUGAAGAUAAAAGGAGCUACACAAAGCUGGUCUAUCAGAACAUCUUCACCUCCAUGCAGGCAAUGAUCCGUGCAACGGAGACCCUCAAGAUUCCCUUGAAGUAUGAAGAGAACAAGAAUAAUGCCCAGCUGGUGCGUGAAGUGGACGUGGAAAAGGUGUCGACAUUUGAAGAGCCAUACAUCAGUGCGAUCAAAAUGCUUUGGACCGACCCUGGGAUUCAGGAGGCUUACGAUCGCAGGAGAGAGUACCAACUCUCUGACUCGACCAAAUAUUACCUUAGCAGUUUAGAACGAAUAGGAUCGUCAGGGUAUUUGCCCACCCAGCAAGACGUGCUGCGGGCUCGAGUGCCCACCACUGGCAUCCAUGAGUACCCAUUUGACCUGGAGAAUAUUCUCUUCAGGAUGGUGGACGUUGGAGGUCAGAGGUCAGAGAGGAGGAAAUGGAUCCACUGCUUUGAGAACGUCACCUCUAUCAUGUUUCUGGUGGCGCUCAGCGAGUAUGACCAGGUUCUGGUCGAGUCAGACAAUGAGAACCGUAUGGAGGAGAGCAAAGCCCUGUUCAGGACCAUCAUCACAUAUCCCUGGUUCCAAAACUCGUCUGUAAUUCUGUUCCUCAACAAGAAGGACCUGUUGGAGGAGAAGAUCAUGUACUCUCACCUGGUUGAUUAUUUUCCAGAGUUUGACGGUCCACAGCGGGAUGCUCAGGCAGGUCGGGAGUUCAUCCUGAAGAUGUUUGUAGACUUGAAUCCUGACAGUGACAAGAUAAUCUACUCCCAUUUCACAUGUGCCACCGACACGGAGAACAUCCGUUUCGUCUUCGCAGCCGUCAAAGACACCAUCCUGCAGCUCAAUCUCAAAGAAUACAACUUGGUGUGAGAGCGAGGGUCCUCGGCCGAGACACCAGCCUCUGAAGAAACACUUGGUGCAGGAGUUCCCCCUCCAGAGACGCACAUCUGCAUGAAAACACACUGCUGCACAAAGAGACGAGCAUUGCUUUAAUCUUUACCAGACCAACGCAAUCCUCUGUUGCUCCUUCUCUCCAUGCAGUUUUUUUGGUUUGUUGACAUUUGAAAUAAUUUUUUCUUUCCAAUUUUGUAGUUUUUACUAACUGCUGGCAACAUCACCAAUGAAACACAUUAAAAUGGAACAUUUAUUUG